GUCGUCGUCGUCGCGGGUGUACGUACACCCGGGCUGAAGCAGCUCGUGCUGCAGCACUUCCAGCAGCAAAUCCAAGUGGGAUCGCACGAUCCCACGGAAGACGCAAGAGCUGCCAUGAGUCUUUAUUUGAAGUGCAAGCAGCAGCGGCGGCGGCGGAGGGAGAGGAGGAGGACGGCGGGGAUGUUGUCGAGCAUGCAGCAGCAGCAGCAGACACAGCUGCUGCAGCAACUGCUGCUGCUGCUGCUGCUGCUGCUGCAGCGCAGGGUCCUGCUGCUGCGGCUAACGGGGAGAAGAAGCAGCAGCAGCGGCAGAAAAAACGCAAGAGGAAGCAGCAGCAGCAGCAACCGCUGCAACAGCAACCGCAGCAGCAGCAACAAAAACAGCAGCAGCAACAAAAACAGCAGCAGCAGCAGCAACAAAAGCAGCAGCAGCAGCAACGAAAGCAGCAGCAGCAGCAACAGCAGCAAAAGCAGCAGAGAAAGAAGCGGAAGCGUCGCGAGCCUCACGAGCUCUUUCUAGACUAA